GCCAUCCCCCCCCCUUUUCCCCUUAAACCAUGGCCCAUCGGCUGCGGUUUCAUUUUGGCUCUGGGCGAAGCAACACAGCUCCCGAAUCGGAGAUCCUAGACCGUGAGAGAGAGGAUGAUGACUUUUUCAUGGCAUUCCACACUCUGCCAAGAAGGAACGGGCCUCACUCUGUCUCCAGGCGCAGGAUGGAUUAUAGCGACGGCGGGGGCGAUUUGCGAGAAGUGGGGGCUUUGAAGAGAAGCACCUCCAUGUUUAUCCCUCAGCUGCUGAACAACAUCGAUGCGCGCCCGACCAGGAGCUCAUCCAUGCAGAUUUCCCUCCAGCGCAAGGGUGUGAACGGACAUGCUGAUGAGUGUGGGGCGCCAGAGUCCCCAGAGGAGAUGUGUAAACUUUCAGACUUUGGGGAGGAUUGUGCUUCUCCGGUUGAGAGCCAUUCUUCGGCAAUCAGUCCACAGGUAACUCCAGAAAAUUCCCCACCCAGACAGCCUGAGAUCCCGGGCCCAGAGGUGAAUGGCGGAUCCUCCAACCAUCGAAUAUUCUGUACAAUACCUUCCAAUAGCUGGAAUGACAGCAAUACAGCUACUGCUCAAGACGAUGCAGCAAACAAAUCCAUCUCUGGGUUAAACAUUAGUGGGGUAAGAAUUCAACAUCGUGCCUCAAGUGUAGACGUGCCUCAGGUGACGCUGAUGCCCUUUGGUUCAGACAGUCCAAAUAAUGCUGCUGCUUCAGAACCCAGGCGCUGGUCUUUACAGCACCUGCCAGAUGGGUCAGGCACUUCAGGCAAAAAAUUACUAGUUUUCCAAUUGCAGCAGCCGCAUUUGAACAGUCCGGGGGCAGGGGCAGAUUGCAAUUUUGGUUUCACCGGGACAAAAGGAGAUAGGUUGGUCCGGUAUCCCCGGAUCCGCCUGGAAAGAAGUACCUCGUACCCAGUUCAGCCACAGUCAGAACGAGUCAGCCCUCUGGGCGAUGGCAUGAAUACAGCAGUUCCGGGGAAUGCCUCAGAAAUAUCGAGAAGCAAUUCGGUGGAGCGGGUUUCUCCAGGGCAAGGGUGCACGUUUAAGAUCCGACCGGAUCAAAACUCAAGGCAGCAGCACUUCAGAAUUCUUGUCACCCGUAGGACUAAUGAGAAAAAUCAAGCAUCUGGGCAGGAAAAUUCUAGUGUUCCUGAUCCUGUGGCAACCAACUCCUCUACCAGAGACGACUUCCUGGGUCAAGUUGAUGUGCCCCUUAAUCAUCUUCCGACAGAAGAUCCAACUAUGGAACGGCCUUACACAUUUAAAGACUUCCUUCUCAGGCCUAGAAGCCACAAAUCUCGGGUAAAGGGUUUUUUGAGGCUGAAGAUGGCCUACAUGCCAAAGAACGGAGGUCAAGAUGAUGACAGUGACCAGAGGGAGGACUCUGAGCAUGGGUGGGAGGUUGUGGACUCCAACGAUUCUGCCUCUCAGCGCCAGGAAGAGCUACCACCUCCUCCCUUACCUCCUGGGUGGGAAGAAAAAGUGGACAAUCUUGGACGUACCUACUAUGUCAACCAUAACAACCGGACAACACAGUGGCACCGGCCAAGUUUAAUGGAUGUGGCCUCCGAAUCUGACAACAACAUCAGGCAGAUCAAUCAAGAAGCGGCCCACCGAAGGUUUCGAUCCAGGAGACACAUUAGCGAGGAUUUGGAUCCGGAACCUAUGGAGAAUAUGGAGGCGACAGAACCUUGGGAGACGAUUUCCGAAGAGGUGAGCACGAGUGGAGAUUCUCUGAGCCUGUCCUUGCCCCCCCCACCUGCUUCGCCGAUCUCUCGGACCAGCCCUCAAGAGCUGUCGGACGAACUGAGCAGAAGACUUCAGAUCACUCCCGAUUCAAAUGGAGAACAGCUCUCUUCCAUCAUUCAAAGAGAUCCCUCAGCAAGGUUAAGAUCUUGCAGCGUAACUGAUGCGGUUGCUGAACAGUCCCUCUUAUCACUGCCAAGCGGCCCAUCUAGGAGAGCUCGUUCUUCAACGGUCACAGGUGGUGAAGAGUCAACGCCAUCUGUGGCCUACGUGCACACUACUCCGGGCUUACCUUCGGGCUGGGAAGAAAGGAAAGAUGCAAAGGGCCGUACUUAUUACGUCAAUCAUAACAAUCGAACCACAACUUGGACUCGGCCCAUCAUGCAGCUCGCCGAAGAUGGUGCAACGGGGGCGACGUCAAACAGUAGCAACCACCUGAGCGAGCCUCAGAUAAGACGGCCUCGUAGCCUCAGUACUCCCACAGUAACCUUAUCUGCGCCACUCGAGGGUGCCAAGGACUCUCCUAUACGAAGAACUGUGAAGGACACUCUUUCCAACCCACAAUCGCCGCAGCCUUCUCCGUACAACUCUCCAAAACCACAGCACAAACUGACUCAAAGCUUCUUACCUCCUGGCUGGGAGAUGCGAAUAGCGCCCAACGGCAGACCUUUCUUCAUCGAUCAUAACUCCAAGACCACCACGUGGGAGGAUCCACGGCUAAAAUUCCCGGUCCACCUGAGAUCGAAAGCAGCUUUAAACCCCAAUGACCUGGGCCCUCUUCCUCCUGGUUGGGAGGAAAGGAUACAUCUGGAUGGAAGAACGUUUUAUAUAGACCAUAGAAGCCAGGUGUUGAUAUGUGGCGACAUUCAUACCAGAGACUUAGUGCCUUCCUACGGUACCGUAUAAUUCACCAAAAGCUUGCUUUUAAUUGGCUCAUCAAGCUUUGUCCCGAUUUGAUCUUGUGAAGCAUUAACAUUUCUUCUUUGUGGUUGUUUUUCGUUGAACUUUUUAUUUUUUAUUUUUUUUAUUUGGUGUUGUGGAUGGACCCCCCCAUGGCUUCUAUGCACUUCUAUUAAUAAACGAAAGCACACCCUAGGAAUAGAAAAUAAGAUGAGAAAUCACACGGAAACAGCCACGAGUCUUAUCUGUGCGAGGCAGCGGAAGAAGCAAUUUUCGGUAGAACCGUUUCCCCCCCUGAAAUUAUUCCCCAAAAAAAGAAAGAAAGAAAGAAAGAAAAGGGCUUGGGGCAGUGCCAGUUCUGACCUUAUUUUCUAUUUGUGGCAUGUUUCUCUUGCACCCACCCUGUUAAUCUCUAUCCACUUCUGUACCUUGAAGUUCCAGUGUAAAUGGUGUUUCAUUGUACACCUGUCCUAUGACGGCACCUCUGAGCAAGUCUGUGGAUCUCUGUUGUGUUUUGACUAUCAAGUGGCAAUAGAAAAUUACUGUUCAGCCGGGAGUGUUUGUGAAUUGUCGUCAAUAUGAAUAUUCUUGAUUAAAGCAGUGAAAUUUAGGCCAAGCAAGAGGGGGACAGAGUAUUGAGCCUGUGAAAUUAACCUUAUAAAAACCAAACGUGCCAGUGACCGAGCCUUGGCUGUCCUCGCAUCUCCGUAGAAUUAACCUUUAGAACGAUCAUCCGUUGAAUGAACAAAUCAGAGGGUGAUUUUAGAAAAAGAAAACCUUGCCUGUACGAAGUAGUAUAUGGAUUUGCAAGUGCAUGUGUUGCUUUUAAGUAGUAUCAUGACUUUAAGGUAAGGAAUGGAAUGGAUAAUAAUUCUCUAGUGAGCACUAGUUUGAUCGAUUAAAAGCACCUCUCUGAAAUUAACUAAGUGCCUGAAAUUCGCUAUUGAUUGUUCCCUUGGGAAGCCACAAAGUUCAGUCUCUGCGGGUUAAAGUGCCGUCGUUGCCUACAUGACAGUUCCCGCGUUUGGCCCUCCAGGCCUAAAGCAGUGAGCAUGGGAAUCUGUGUAUACCACAUGUGGCACAAGAUGCAGCAACUAAUGCAUUUAAUUGCUGCUGACACAUUUUUGAAGAUGAAAACAAAUAUAUG